ACAGUUGUUUGCUACCUAAAAACAACCAGUCGGCGAUCAAAGCGGUUGGCUUUUAGCGGAUUUUAAGCCUGUUUGUUUAUUAUAAACAUGCCGGCGGUGACCGAUCAAUCAACCAACCAAUCAAUCAAAGUGCCAAACUCCGCGGCGACCAAAUCCGCGGGAACAGAACAGGUGCGGGAGGCAGAUCAAUCAGUCAGUGAGUCGGCAAUAAUAGGGAUGAUCACCAAACGCAUUAUUUAGAAAACCGCCGGGAGCUGGAAAGGGCGAGGCGAGCGGUGCCGGCGGAGGUCGACAGGGGGGCUACAGGUAGAAAGGCGACUCCGCCGCUCCAGCUGAAAAUGGCGAAAUGAUUUGCCUUCCCCAGAACCCAGCUCAGACAGACGCCGCCCUCCGCUGCUCUGCUCUGUUCCUCUUCCUCCUUGCCCCCUGAGCAGGCGAGUUGCCAGCCCGGAAACCAUUCGAACAGGCCGAGCCCGCCCGCCUCCAUUGCUCGCGUGCGUCAGAGAAGGAAGGAAAAGAAGAACUAGGAGCAGAGUUGAAUAGGUCAUUAUGCGCCGGUGGCUUUGCUGCAGUCAUUUUGACACACCGUAUCUCGAAAACGAAAAUGGAUUUACGAGCAGUCCUGAUAGAACAAGUGGUAAUGGAAACGGUUUAAAUGCAAACAGUGAUCCUGCAAAACCGCCUUCUAUUGAAGUACCUGCAUUGUCAUUAGAUGAAUUGAGGGAAAAGACGGAUGAUUUUGGGUCCAAGGCUUUGGUUGGUGAGGGGUCAUAUGGAAGAGUAUAUUAUGCUGUUCUGGAAAACGAACAACAUGUGGCUGUCAAGAAGCUUGAUACUUCAGCAGAUCCUGAGCCUGAUAAUGAAUUUCUAGCACAGGUGUCCGUUGUUUCAAGAUUGAAGCAUGAAAACUUUGUGGACAUGCUUGGUUAUUGUAUCCAAGGAGAUCAACGUCUACUGGCUUACGAAUUCGCUACGAUGGGCUCUCUACAUGAUAUUUUGCACGGAAGAAAAGGUGUUGCAGGUGCACAACCUGGACCUGCUCUUGAUUGGAUGCAAAGAGUCAAAAUUGCUGUUGAUGCUGCAAAAGGUCUUGAAUAUCUUCAUGAGAAGGUUCAACCUUCCAUAGUCCAUCGAGAUAUACGGUCCAGCAAUGUUCUUUUAUUUGAGGAUUACAAGGCCAAAAUUGCAGACUUCAAUCUUUCAAGCCAAUCUCCAGAUAUGGCUGCUCGUCUACAUUCUACUCGUGUCCUUGGAACCUUCGGAUAUCAUGCUCCAGAGUAUGCUAUGACUGGCCAACUGACUCAAAAAAGUGAUGUAUAUAGUUUUGGGGUUGUCCUUUUAGAGCUUCUUACUGGAAGGAAACCUGUAGAUCAUACAAUGCCAAGGGGCCAGCAGAGUCUUGUUACUUGGGCAACACCAAGGCUUGGUGAGGACAAGGUGAAACAAUGUGUUGAUCCAAGAUUGAAUGGAGAGUACCCUCCAAAGGGAGUAGCAAAGCUAGCGGCAGUGGCGGCUCUCUGUGUCCAAUACGAAUCUGAGUUCAGACCAAGCAUGAGCAUUGUAGUCAAGGCGUUGUCUCCUCUUCUUGUGAAUGCACCGUAUCAGCCGGCUGCUGCUCCUGAUGUAUCUUCAGAUGCCUGACAGCAUGAGCAACUGAAAACCCAUGUAAAGAAACACCAUUUACUGUCGGUAUGCCAUUUUUUCCACGAAUUAUUCAUCUUUCGUAAAAUCAGAAUUGUGUGUGUGUUUAUUGGAGAGGAAGGGAAGAGGAAAGAGCAACGCAUUUGUUUUGAACCCAUGUACUUCGUGCUUGAGAGCUGCUGCAGUUGAAAUUAAUUACUUAAUGUACACACUUGUGCAUCCGUUGCCCUUCCCCUGUUUCAGUUUCUUUUUUUUUUCUUUUGAAAUGGUCAUCCUUGUAAUCUACCCCUGCUUUGCUGUUGGGUGGCCGCAGAACCAAACUUUUUGAAUCGGAGUAAUUGGGUUUGAAUUGUCCA